UUAACGGGAGGUGUGCGCUUCGUCCAGAGACACUUUUUAAUACAUUAGAGUGCGUGAGAAACGUAGGUCAAUUUUACUCUGAACGUGGCUCAGGAAGGGAGCAACAUCCGCAAUUUAUUUCUUUUAACAAAUUCACCUUUUCCGUUUGGAAAGAAAAAAAAUGAAACGAAGUUUGAGUGACAGCGAAGCUGAAGAUUGCUAUGAUGAUGCCCUGAAAGCAAGUUCUCCUUCACAAAGUUGUCAGAUCGGUGAUAGAAAAAAGAGACGUGGGGUGAUUGAAAAACGUCGGAGAGAUCGCAUCAACAACAGUUUAUCCGAACUUAGAAGACUUGUUCCUACUGCAUUUGAAAAGCAGGGAUCAGCAAAAUUGGAGAAAGCUGAAAUACUUCAAAUGACAGUAGACCAUCUUAAACUUCUACAUCAAAAAGGACUGAAUACUUACAACUAUCCUGACCCACAAGCAUUGGCAAUUGACUAUCGGGGUGUAGGUUUCCGCGAGUGUGCUACCGAAGUUGCAAGAUAUUUAGUUGCGGUAGAGGGACUUGAUUUGCAAGACCCUCUGCGGAUGAGGUUACUUAGCCAUCUUCAGUGUUUUUCUGCUCAAAGGGAGGCUGCAGCAAAAGCUUCGUUUCAACAUUCUUCCUGGAGUCCCCUACCUACCCACACUGGGAUAAACAGUCAGUACCCGACAAGUGCUAUGACGCCAAUGGGUUCAAUGAUUACGUCACAAUUACCAAAUCAAGCAGACUUACCUAUGGGACCUCAUUCUUCUGCACAGGCCCUCUCAUCAUUAUCUUACAGUGAAACAAGAGUAAGUCAACCAGACAUUUCCUCUACCACAUUGCAUGGAAAUAUGCGAAUUCAGUCCUCGUCUAAUAUGCCACCACAUUCUCAGAUGUCCAACAUGAACACCGCUGGACAGGACCCAUUAAUAUCAUCAAUUCCACAGCUUCCCAGUCAAUUUGCAGUGUCUCUGAACUCGAUGCCCAUGAUGUCACAGAAUGGCAAUAAUUUCAAUAGCUCUUCAAAACCUUAUCGCCCAUGGGGCGCAGAACUCGCUUACUGAUUUACCAAAAAAAAAAAAAAAAAAAAAAAAAUUGGAUCCAAAUUCAUUCCUGAAAGUUAUGGUGUGACACAGGGUGAUGAUUCAAUUGCAACAUCCUACAGUACAUUUUUAAACCUUAAAAGGACAAGUGCUUUCUUUUUAUUUAUACAAUUACUUGGAUAAAGAUGCUUUCCAUAACGGAUAUAUGUGCCAUGUGUUCAGGGGGUAUUGCAAUAUACAAGGUCUUUGUAUAUAUUGUAUAUUUUUACAUUUUUUUCUUCACAUUUUGAAGUUUUCCAUUUUUAGUGCUCUUUUUGUGAUUAUAUUUUUUUUAUACACUUUGCACAAUAUUUUCAUGAGUAUAUAUACAAUUUUACUGUGCUUUUAGAACCUUUACUUUGUUAUUGUUUAUAUUUUUUUCAUUAAUUAAAUCUAUUGAUUUAAAUUAGUCAACUAGUGAUUACAUGUAGUUUAAAUGAUGUAGUCAACCUUUCAGUUGUUAUUGCUUCACAGUCAACUAUGCAAGAAGUUCAAACAUCGAAACUUAGUGAUCAAGAUUACAACGAUUUGAUGUAUUCUUCCAAUCUACAAAUUUAAUCAACGAUUACUAGUAUCUGAUGAUGUAUACACACAGCUUAAAUAUAGUAAUUUUUUUAUGUACAUGUAUGAUAUGAUUCCAAAUCAAAAAAAAAUAUAUGCCUUUGCAUUUGCUUGAUAUGUACUUAUAUUUAAAAUAUGAGACAAUAAAUACCUUGAAAAAACAUAAAA